CAUGCAGUGCUCAUGUGCAGCUGUGGCUCUUUUAAUGCUUUUCAGUCUGGUUAGGGUAUCACGGUCUCAGAUCGAGGCAUACGGACGUUUGCGAAACGAUCUGCUCAACAGGUCAGUCGCCGUGCACAAGAUACCUCCAUAUCUGGACAAUCGCAACAAUACAAACUAUUUCGAUAUAUUGAUAGUUCCUGUUGACAUCCUUAGCAUUGACGACAUCGGACAGUCCUUGACAGUUACGCUGUAUGUACAAUUUAACUGGAGUCAACCCGACCUGGCCUGGAACGCAUCCAACUAUGAAAAUCUAAAAGUUGUCCUGAUGGAUACGAACUCAUUAUGGAAACCACUUGUAUACGCCAUUAUAGGGAUUGGAGAUAGUUUGGAAAUGGACCUACCUGAGACACUAGAUUUAGAAUCCCAGGGAAAUUUGAUGUCAAGAAAGCAGUACCAACUGACUUUCAGGUGCAAGAUCGACUUUAAGAAAUAUCCUUUUGACACCCAACAAUGUCUUCUUGGGUUCCAUGUCAUGGUGAACUCAGGCUUUGGCCUGGACAUACGCAUGCAGUUGUUUUUGGAACGCUUUACUAAAUUGUUCAAAGUCGGCGGUGAGUGGGGGCUUGACACCAUUAAAACAAUCACCGUCCCUGCGCAGGGUGUCAUCGUCCGCGAUUAUCCGGCCCUUUCGUUCACCUUGAGAAGGAACCACCUGUACUACGUCAUCACCAUCAUCUUCCCGCUUGUGCUGACGUCACUGAUGAUCCCGUUAGUGUUCCUGAUCCCGGCCUCAACAGGGGAGAAAAUCUCGUACCUGGUGGCUAUCUUCACGUCAACGGCCAUCUUUUUGAACUUCAUAUGUGACGUUAUGCCAAGAGGGCUCUACGAGGUCCCAUACUUGGCUGUGCUUUUGAUCGAAGUCCUGGCCGAAGGUUGGUUUGCCAUGUUGGCCUCACUAGUAGUUGUAAAUCGAUUUCACAGCGAAGAAAAGGGUUAUAAGAGUGUGAAGAGAAAUCCUUCCAAGUCAACCAGCUCUGUUAGAAAAGUCCAAGUCUGCCCAGCACCUGACAUGGCAAGCACAGCAGCAAGAGACAAAGAGAAUCUAGCAGACACAGACAAGAACAUGUUUGAAGCUCCUACUGUCUUGACAGCAAGUUCCAGAACUAACUGGUCAACAUUCAAUGUCAGUUCAACCCAACUGGACCAUGUAUUUUUUAUCCUUUUCUCUGCGGUUCAAAUAUUUUUUCUUCUUAUAAUUUUCUGUGUGCUGGACUGGCUUUAAGUUAACUUG